AUGGAUUCAUCUCGUGAAGCUAAACACGAGGAGGAGAGAGGAAAAGAUGAAGCAGCUUCUUUGGUGGAUGUAAAUCUCAUGGUUGUGCUUCUCUCUCAGUUUUGUACGAAGGACGAAUUAAAUGAUAAUAAUUUGGAGAAAGAGAAAAGAGAUCAUGCUGCGCAUGAGAUUCGUGAAUCCAGAGCACGUGCAAACAAGAGGUUUAUGAAGGAAACAAAGGUCAUGGAGAAAAGGACGCACGUGCUUCAACCCAUGGCUAAGGAAUUUAGGUGA